AUUUUUUAGGCAAGAAACAUUGAUGAAAAUCAAUACAGCUUGAGAAUAUUGUUGUUGUUAUCACUAUUAAUAGUAUUACUGCUAUCAGUAUUAUUACUAUUUCUGCUUUCAAUUAAAUCAAGUGGACUAUCGGAACAUAAUAUUAGGAAAAUAAUUUUGACAAAUAUUCCCAGAAAAACAUCAAUCAAUUCCAAAGAAAAAAACUUGGUUUGGAAACUAAGGCAUUUUACAAGGAAUUUUAUAUACUAUACAUCAUUAACAAAUAUACAUAUAAAUUUGACAGAUCUUUAGAAAUGGUUGAUGAUUGGGUUAUUAAAACUAUGUAUGCGACAAAACGACGCAGAAAAAAUCCUAAAAGUAAUAAACCAACAUGUUCAGCUGUAAUUCAACCAGAUCAUAAUGUAAAAUCUAAUCCAAGUAAAAGGCAUCGUGAACGUCUAAAUUCAGAAUUGGAACAUUUAGCAAGUUUAUUACCAUUUGAACAAAAUGUUAUUGUGAAAUUGGAUAAAUUGUCUAUUCUACGAUUAGCUGUCUCAUAUCUUCGUAUUAAGUGUUACUUUCAUGCUUUAUCAUUUGAUCGAAUAAUAACAGAGAAUAGACUUGUUUCACAUUUGUAUCAUUGUCCAUUUGAUUUGAAUAGAAUUGAAGGAGAAGCUUGUUUACAAGCUUUAAAUGGAUUUAUAUUUAUUAUGUCCUGUGAUGGUGAAGUAUUUUCUGUAUCAAAAACUGUGGAGCAUUAUUUAGGUUUUCAUCAGGCUGAUAUUUUGCAUCAAAGUGUAUUGGAAUUGAUUCAUUCAGAAGAUAGAGAGGAAUUUCGUAGACAACUAUCGUGGAAAUCAAUGCUUCCACCUGAGUUUCAUUCAUCUACAUUACAUGAUCUGAUGACUCCUGAAACUGCUCAUUACUUAAAACGUCAAUUCACGGUACGAUUUCGAUGUCUUUUAGAUAAUACAUCUGGAUUUAUUACACUCGAACUUAGCGGUCGAUUGCAAUUCCUACAUGGACAAGCCAGAAGUAUGCAGUUAUCUGUUAAUUCUGAACAAGCAAACUCAUGUACCAGCCAAAAUAUAUCUAAUAAAUAUAAUACAUCUUGUUCAUAUACUGUAUCAACUUCUAAUCAACACAAUUUACCGCCUCUUGGUUUUUUUGCGGUCUGUAGUCCAUUAGGACCAUUACCAAGUUUAAAUGGUCCACAACGUGAUGCAACUUUUAAAACAAAGCAUCAAUUAGAUUUGACUGUUAUAACAAUAGAUGCUCGCGCUCGACUUAUAUUCAAUUACUCUGACAGUGACUUACAAAAUUUCAAAGUCUAUGACUUGGUACACCCAGACGAUUUACGUUAUGUUGCUAAAGGACAUAAAGAACUUUUUAAAGUAGGUUCACUUGGCUUACUUGUACAUCGAUGGUUGAAUAAAAAUUCUCAGUGGAUUUGGCUACAGUCACGAAUAAAACUUAUUAUGAAAAACGGUAAACAAGAUCAUAUUAUUGUGAUACACCGACAAUUAUCAAAUGAAGAAGGGAUGGAAUUAUUGAUACGAAGAACAGAUGAAUACAAACUACCUUUUCCAUUACUUGAACCAGAAACUUUACUGAAUGGUGAAGAACUGACAACAUGCAAUAAUAACUUACAUAUGGAUAUCAAUUCAUCUUUCCCAAUUGGUCAAAUGAAAAAUUUUGAUCAUCAUCAUAUCCUUGGAAGUAAUGAUCAAAAAUUAUACGGAUUUAAUGUAAAAUCUGACGAUAAAAUUAAUUUAAGCUCAAAGCAUACACCAGAACAUUUCUCUAGCUUUGAUAUAUCCGGUAGAGUUCAUAGUAGACACUCUACUGAUACCAUCAACAAUUGUAUACAAAUGGAAAGAGGAAUUAUUAGAUCAACAACGAAUAACUAUGAUGAUGAUUUUCAUAUAUCUGGACUUGACACUAAUUUACUUGAACAUUGUCUUAAUAAAUCCGCUAAACAAUCUAAGGUUACUUCAGCUACUGUUCUACGUAGAAAAAGGACAAUGAAAGAAAUAGCUAAAUCUGAAGUUAAUAAAUGUAAACUUAAUCAUCGUGGUUCGUGUACUACUGCAUGCACAUAUGUGUCAAAUGCCCAAACUCCUGGUCAAAUAAAUUAUGGUACGAACAUCUGUCAAUCUACCUAUCUCCCACUAGGAUUUAAUCAAACAUUAUCAAGAGAUAGUGAGGCGUUUUAUCGAAAUCCUUAUUUAUGUUGGCCAAGAAACACCAACAUGGCAACAUCAGAAAAUAUCAAUUCAAAUGGAUCAGACAACUCAGAACACAUUCCUCAAUUAAAUUCAAGUAAAGUUGGUUUAUUCAUGAUAAAUUCACAUUAUUCGAGUCAAGAUUUAAAUGAAUUUAAUAUGCAAGAUUAUUGUACAGCAAGAAAUUAUCCAACAGCAUAUGAUGCUUACUCAGCAGCUGUUGCUGCCGCCGCUGUUGUAGCAGCUGCAACAAACAGUUGUAAUCAGAAACAUCAAAGUCAAAAUCAUCAUAAUGUAUCGCUUCCUCAACAAUAUCAAUCACAACAAACUUUAGAUCAAGAAAUAAGACAUUAUCGACAACAUGGAUUGAAUUCAUCACAUUUUUUAACAAACACUAAUGAAUCAAACACUCUUCGUUUUCAACAGACGAUAAAUGAUCCUAGAAUAUUUGAUUUGCAAAGAAGACAACAACAUUCACAGAUAGAAUAUAAUUCAUCAUUAAUUAAACAACAAGCCAUAGUAUCUUCUAGCAUUCAAUCUCCGUUAAAUAACUGUACUAGUUAUAUUUUAUCAAAUCAUUACUUUCCACAAGAACAGCCAAUCAAUAUACAAAGUUUAAGUAAGGCUUGCAUACAAUCUAAUGAUUCAUAUACAAAAGAAUUUCUGAAGCCUAGACAUUCAGAUUCAUUGAACAGUCUUCAUCAAUCACAAAUUGAAAUCGAGGUAGAAAAUAAUAAUUCCAACAUUAGUGAUAAUAACAACUGUUGUAAUAAGUUAGGACAAUCAGUUUCAUCUUACACAUCUAUGAAUGUAAACCACUUAUUCUCAGAAGACGAUUACAGAAAUGAGUCAACAUAUGAGCAAAAAGAUACUUCAGCCAAUAUGUACUUGCAACAUAAUGUUGAACAAGGAAUAAUAUAUGCUAAUCCAAUUAUCGACAAAGAGUCUUCAUCAACAUAUUCAUCUUAUUCAUCUCCACCUAAUUUAAUAAGCCCACAUAACACUGAAAUUGGCCUAGAACCAGAUUCUGGAAUCAGUCAGCAUCAACAGAGACAAAUACAAAGUUCAACAAUGGUAAGAAUUAAUAGUCAGUUCGUUGAUCCGAAUAACAAUUCAUCGAAUUCUUCAAAAUGUUCUCAGUUUUAUGAUUCUAACUGCUCUACAAGUAACUGGACUAUAAAUCCUAGUCACACCAAUUAUAAUCAAGUAACAGAAUAUCAUUCUAAUGAAUGCUUGUCAGAUGUAGACUGUGGAAAUUAUUAUUGUAACCCCAGAGUUUUAUCGCUCGCAAUGUCCAUGGAUUCAUCAAAUUCUAGUGAAUCUCCUACAUCACAUGAUACAUGUGUUGGUCAACAAGAUAAUAAGUUGCCUAAGACAGGAGCCGAAAAUGAUAUUUUUCCUCACAAAACUAACAAAUCUGGAUCAAGGUCUUGCAGAAUGAAAACAAAUGACAGUUCCAAGGUUGAAAUGCCUUUAUUUUCUGAAAUAGAUUUUGGUGAUCAAAAGCAGGAUUUAUCAAAUUCUCAUAUACUUGGAGUUAAACGCUCUAAAUAUGACUCCACGACGAGAUGGGAUGACCAUCACUAUGAUGAUUCAAAGUCAACUGCCAUCCCUGUACCUGUUGUAUGUAGCGGUUCUUUGAACAUUGUUUCUGAAGAAUCAUCACAGACAAAUUCAGUAAAUACAUCUGGAAUACACGCAACAUUAUCAGAUUAUAGAGAAAGAUUAUUGAGUGCAAUUUAAUUUCUCCAAUCAAAUGUAUUAUCUGUUUAUAACAAGAAUGAUAACAUGUAUCAUAGAAACAAAAACAAACAAAACAAAACAAAACAUGAAUGAACAUAUACCAAGAUAGUACAACAGGACAACACAAUUUAUUGAGACCUGUUUUCUGAUAUACCAAGAUUAUUUACUUUUUUUGUAAAAUAGAAUAUUCUGACAAUAGUUCAAUAAUAAAUUUCUCCAUAACAUUUAAUUUAAUAAUUUAAUAAUUUUUGAUUUCAUCAUAUUUCUUUAUGUCAAUAUCUCAUUUACAUUAUUUUACUUUAUUUACUUAGUAACUAUUUAUUUGUUUUGUUUAAAUCAUAAAAAAAUCAGUCAAAAUAGAUGAUAGAUUAAAAUUUUCUUGAGCAUAAUUUGAUAAUGAUCAAAAACUUUUCUUUUUUUUCUAUUUGCUUAUUAUCACAUUAAUCAAUGAAGAUAGAUCAUUUGUUUAUUGUAUAUAAAUAUUGGAAAUAAUUAUCCAAUCAAUUAUAAUGAAUACAAUAUUAUUGAUUCUUGUAAAUUAAUCAAAUCAACCUUUUUAAAAAAAUUAUUUCCUUUGAUUCUGUUUAACAUUUUAAAGGACUGACUUCAUCCUUUUUUUGUUGUAGUCGUUGUUGUUUAUAUUCAUUAAUAGCUAUUAAAUGUUAUUAUAUCCUGUUAUGUACUGAAUAUUAAACAAUGAUAAUUUUUCAGUACU